AUGGCGACAAGUGAGCAGCUCCUUUCGAGUGUUCCUGCAGAGGUGGCAGCAGCAGCCGUCGCAGCCGCAAGACCCAAAAGGGUGCGGACUGGGUGUCUGACAUGUCGUGAGAGGCACCUGAAAUGCGACGAAGGUUCACCGGAUUGCCAAAACUGCAAGAAGUCGAAUAGGGAAUGUAAAAGAGGAGUGCGAUUGAAUUUUAUCGACACCCAAGUCAAGACACCACCAUUCACCCCCGCGUCGGACGAGUGGACCCUCAUGUUCCAGGAUGAAUCAAGAGAAAUCGCCUCCGAAUACAAGGGAGGAAUAGAUCGUUACUCCAACAUUACAACCGAAAUGGACCACGUCUCCCUGAAGGACGAGCCGACCUAUGACUUUAGCAACAACAUGAGCGAUUCAAUUCUCAAUGCGCCCGUACUCCAACAUCAACAAUUACCUUCGCAAUCAUUUGCUCCGAACCCAAUGGACCAGUACCAGGCCACAAUGUCCGGCAUGUCGAAUGACACCCAGGUCCAGCACCAGCGCCAUGCUUCCACCAUUUCCGACUCAACCUUUUCUAGCCAUACUUUAGGUGCUGUCUCUACCUAUUCGAACGGUGAACAAGCGAACGAGACCAGGGAAAUGCUUACUGAUCCAACGGAGCUCCUUUUCAUGCAAGUCUUUGUGGAGGAAGUAGGCAUUUGGAUGGAUAGUCUGGAUAGUGAUAAAUACUUCUCUAGGAUACUCCCAUAUGAAUCACUGCAUGACCGGAUGCUGCUGAAUGCAUUCUUGGCAUGUGGUGCCCGGCAUAUGAAUCUUGUCAACUCAGCAUACGAUGACAAAACUGCAGCAGAUUAUUAUCAGCUCUCCAGUACUCUUCUCCUGCGCCAAUUGCAGAAUCCCUACCGAGACAUCUACGUGUGUGCAACGACUGCGGUUAUUCUUAAUGUAUAUGAGACUAUGACGGAAAAAGCUUUACAGAGGAUGAAUCAUAUCGCAGGUGCUCGUGCGAUGAUCAAAGAAUGUAAUUGGAAUGCAAACUCUGUUGGUGUUGGCGCAGCCUGCUUUUGGUUGAAUGUAGGCAUGGAAUUGCUGAGUUGUUUACAUUUUAAUUGGCAAGUCGCGUGGAACCCGGAUGAUUGGGGACUAGACAUGAACUUUGACAACGGCGGCGAACCAGGAAGAGAGGAGAUCUGGACGCAUCGAAUGAUCUGGAUUCUAGCGAAGAUCGCAAAUUUCCGUGCCUCGAUGGUGCCUCGUCCGGGAGAUGUUCCGUUAGAUCAUAUGCGGAUGCAGAAUAAAUGUGACGAGUGGAACAGGUGGAAGACUUGGAUUGAUGGCUGGGAGUUGCGUGCACCAAGAACCAUGAAGCCGCUAGGUCAUCUUCAAAAUUUUAGGACGACCUCCAAAUCCCUCUUCCCAGAAGUCUGGCUCGUCAAGCGGACGGCAGUAGUUGCUCGCAUGUUCUAUCAUACCGGAAUAUGUCUGCUGUCGCAAACCAACCCUGUAUCACAUACAAACACGCAGGUUGCGCAGCAGAUGCAUGAUCUGGAACUGCACCACGCUCACAUGCUUGCCGGAAUUGUCGCCCAUGUCAAGGACAGGGGUGUGGCGAGUGUAGCCACUCGCUGUCUUGCUACAUGUGCGGAAUGCCUCACAGAUCGUGCAGAACAAGACGAAGUCAUUCAGAUCCUCCAAAGAGUUCAAAAGGAGACUGGCUGGCGUCUCCAAUUCAUGUACGAUGCUCUUCGAAGGAAAUGGGGCCACAACAAUGAUUCCACCCAACAAACCAACCACGGAUACUCGUCCAGCACUUCACUUCCCCCGCCCCCAAGAUUGCCGCCCAUGGGCAUCGUCAAUCCGCAAUUUGCGAAGGCUGAUUUCGCCCUUGCGGACCAUCCGUAUCCAGGACAUUACGUUCCUCCGAUUCAGCCACCGGUGCAUCAAUCUUACAAUCACUUCUAA